AUUUCGCCACGGUGGGAUGGAAAUUCAUGGCUGAGGCUUAGGCUAGCGUUUAUGGAAAACCAGAAGACAUGACAUGCACACGAAAAAAGAGGAAACGACAUUUUUUGCUUUUUAAAUCCCGUGUUUACAUAAGCUAACAGCUAAACCUCUGGAAUAACCGUUCGACACCUGACAUUUUUGGCGUUAUUUUUCCAAAAGACCCAUGUAUUCGUUUAUUUUUAUAUUUAUUUUUCACUGUUCCUAAACGACACUUGACAGUCUAAGUCUCACAUUUGGAUUCAUGUUCUUCUCCCUAAAUGAGGGGUGUCGGUUUGGAAGCACCACAUUUUGUGUGUUUUUGGUUGACAACUGCAACAAGCUCUUGUUUAGGCCUGCUGUCCAAGCCAAAGCCAUUGUGUCCAGGACACGCUGAAGAUUUUCAGGUGUGAGGGCCAGACGUGGCAGUUUUGAGACGGCACUUCAGAAAGAGCUGUGCAAAAUGAGGCAAUGCAGAACCAGCUUCUCCUGUCCAAUGUGAGACGACAAACAGAGGCAACCACGAGGACGAAAGACAGCUCAGCUGGAGGAGGAGGAGGAGGAGGAGGCGGCGAAGGUGGCGACAGAAAAGAAGUUGCUGGUUCUAAAGAAGAGGAAGGAGCUCUGCAGUCAGAGCACCAAGAGGCAUGGCCAACGGAAACGAGAGUAGUGAUGGACCUAGCAACCCUCUGGCAGCGGUUGUGGCUACUACCGGUGGCAUGGCAGGUGGAGGACCUUCAUCACAUGUGUCCACCUAUGUCAAGCUUGUCCUUCUAGGGUUGAUCAUAUGCAUCAGCCUGGUGGGCAACCUAGUCAUCUCUUUGCUAGUGUUAAGAGACAGGGCCCUACACAAGGCCCCAUACUAUUUUUUGUUGGAUCUUUGCUUGGCUGACACUAUUCGAUCGGCAGUCUGCUUCCCCUUUGUACUGGUGUCCAUUAAGAAUGGCUCAGCCUGGACCUACAGCAUACUCAGUUGCAAGGUAGUGGCUUUCAUGGCUGUGCUCUUCUGCUUCCACGCUGCCUUCAUGCUGUUCUGCAUAAGUGUCACACGGUACAUGGCUAUUGCCCACCACAGGUUUUACUCUAAGCGCAUGACCUUCUGGACUUGUGUUGCCGUGGUGUGUAUGGUCUGGACGCUCUCAGUCGCCAUGGCAUUUCCCCCAGUCUUUGAUGUAGGCACCUAUAAGUUUAUCCGGGAAGAAGAUCAGUGCAUUUUUGAGCAUCGUUACUUCAAAGCCAAUGACACAUUGGGCUUCAUGCUCAUGCUGGCCGUGUUGAUCCUGGCCACUCACGUGGUCUACAUGAAGCUCUUGCUCUUCGAAUACAAGCACCGUAAGAUGAAGCCUGUCCAGAUGGUGCCAGCCAUCAGCCAAAACUGGACAUUUCAUGGGCCGGGAGCCACCGGUCAGGCGGCUGCCAAUUGGAUUGCAGGAUUCGGCCGCGGCCCAAUGCCACCUACCCUGUUGGGUAUCAGGCAGAACUUGCACAACCAGAACCGACGGCUGCUGGGCAUGGAGGAGUUCAAGGCAGAGAAACAGCUUGGCAGGAUGUUUUAUGUAAUCACCCUGUUUUUUCUGGUGCUGUGGUCUCCAUACAUUGUGGCCUGUUACUGGCGGGUCUUUGUGAAGGAAUGCACCAUCCCACACCGAUACCUCUCCACAACGGUGUGGAUGAGUUUCGCCCAGGCAGGGGUGAACCCCAUUAUCUGCUUUUUCCUAAACAAAGACCUUAAGAAGGGGCUGCUGGCCCACCUGCCUCCCUGUUGUAGAACUACACCUCAACUACCCCGUGAGCCUUACUGUGUCAUGUAAAGACAAGUGUUGGUUAAUUUUUAUCUUUAUUAUUUGUUUCUCUGUGGAGGAGGGGGGUCACAAUUGACAGUAAAUUGGGGUUAAAAGGUAUUAAAAGAUGGAGGCAU